AUGGCAACAAAUUCUUAUGGAGAACACGGCAGUCAAAGUGCUGCUAAUUAUAUAAAUAAAAAAGGCAUUAACGAGUUGUUUGAGGGUAUAAUGACGGCUCUAAUGGUUCAUAAACCCGAUGAUCAUAUAACAUUCAUGCGUAAAUGUUUAGACAAAGCAGAAAAUCAUCCAGAUCGCAUUAGUGGGGAUUUUUUUAUAACAAAAUCAUCAUGUUCAUUAUUACCUCCUAUUCAUUCAAAAUCAAAUGAAAGUUCUUCAUUCGAUCCACAAUUAGUUUUACCACGGAUUGAACAUACGAAAACAAAUUCUUCACGUAUACCUCUUAUAUUUAUUCUAAGUUCAUCAAAUUCGUUAAAAUUAUGUUCAAGAUUACUUGAACGUUAUCAUCAAAUAAAUUAUGUCUCAAUUAAUGAUCAAAGUAAAUAUCGAUAUGAGAGUAUUCAACAUGAGAUAGAACAAUAUUAUUCACAAUCGAAUGGUUUUCUUAUUACUGGUGACAUAGACGAACAUAAUUUUCUUCGACAAUGGCAAGAUAAACUCGGUCGAAUUAAUUUAUUCUUCAUCAUAUCAUCGAAUAUUAAUCAUAAAAUAUCAAAUCAAAGUUCGAAGAUUAUUCAAAUUGAUUCUACUAAGAAUUUUAAUGAUAUCCUUGCGACUAUGAUACAUUAUCUAGAUAAAUUAUUUCCUCAAGAUACAUUUUUUAAUCAACGCUUUUCAACAAUGUCAACAGAAAUAGAUCAUUUCAAUCUACCCAUAUUCUUUUGUAUUGAUAAUCAUCGUAUUGCAACAAAAACAAAUGAUGAAGAGGAUUUAUCAUUUGAUAAUGAAUUUGAAAUGGCAGAUGAGGAAAAUAAUAAUUCAUUUAUUUAUACAUUAUGUCAACAUUUAGUCGAACAAUUUUCAUUUAAAUAUAUAUCUUAUGGAGAUUUAAAUAAAGAUUUUUCGAAUUAUGAACAAUUAAAAAAGGAAAUUAUUGAAUCAAGAGAUAUAUGUUCCGGUUAUAUUAUUGAUUAUUUUCCAACUUCAUUGAAUGAUCUACGAAGAUUUUAUUCCGAGAUUGGUCCUUGUUCAGCAUUGAUCUAUAUUGGUGAUUAUCGAACAGGAAUAGAAUCUACUGAAGUUGAUACAAUUAUUCAAAAAUUCGAACAAAAUAAGAAAGCUCUUCAUGUUGAUUGUCGUAUGGAAGUUGAUGAAAUCUAUGAAGAUUUUAAAAGUGAAAUAUUAAAAUAUAUCUAA